AUGCUGAGUAGAACUGCUACUCGCUUUCCUAACUUUCUUCGGAGUCGAUUGAUUCACACUCAUUAUUCAAUAAUUUUGUCUACAGAAAAACCGACAAGUCUUAGUGGUGUUGACUUUAAAGGAAAUUGCCGCUUUCAAUCACGUAAUACUAGUGCAGAGUUAGGUUCUUCUGCAAACCUUCCUGGUCAUUAUAAAAAGAAGGAUACUUUUCACAUAAGUACUAUUGAUGAUCUGAAAAGUUUUGUGUCACAUCCUAAUACUACAGUAAAUGAUAUUUUACAAAUUGAUGUACGCCAGUUGCCUUCUGAUGCAUGCAUGUUGUGUUUAGAAGCUGUUUUACGGCUUCAUAAACAAUCGAAUAAAGAUGAUUCAUUGAUUCAACAUGCUCAGAAUAGUUUACGAGCUUCUGUAACAUCGUCUAGUAGUGAUUGGCCAUUACAUUAUAUCAAUUUAGAGCAUAUAACAAGAUGGCAUAAAUUUAACUUGGGCAUUAAUCCUUUCAAUGAUAAUGAUGAUGAUGCUAAUUCUGAUAAUAAAAGAGAUUGUACAGCAUGGAUAAAUUCUGAAAAAUUCGAUCUUCUAUUACUAACAACAACAGCUUGUGCAAACAGAUUGGAUUUAAGGUCUUUAUUAAAUUUAGCUGGACAUUUUCGUUAUUUUUGGGAUAAAUAUGAACCGAAAGCGUAUGCAUCAAUUCUACGUCAAAUACAUAAUCAGAUAAAUGAAUUAUCCAUUGUACAAAUGGCUCAAAUAGCCCAUAUACUCUCAAAUAUUCAAUGUGAUCAAACUAAUAAAUCGAAUCGUCCAUUGAUAAAUGAAAUUAAAUCAUUACAAUCAGCAAUUAUUAUUCAUUUAUUGAAUAAAACUGAUCAUUUAACAACACAUGAUCCAACACUUAUUAUUCGAUUAAUUUAUGAUUUAAGAUGGUCAUUGACAAAAAGUCAUAUAUGGACUCUAUUCGAUUCAGUUUAUCAUAGUCUACUGUUGAAUAAGUUACACUGGAAUUUAUAUACUAUUUCUUAUCUAUUAUUACAUAUGAGUAAAUUGGAAGUAUGCAGACCAUCAUUGAUAAAAAAUUGUUUAAAUAAAAUAUCCCGUAAAUUAAGAAUAUCUAAAUACCAUCUUGCAGUGAAUCAAUGUCAAUGGGUGAAUGCUAUGCUUUCAGCACUGGCUAACAGUACAAUUAGUUUUUAUAGUUUUGAAAAGAAUUCCAAUGAAGUCGAGGAGUUACAAUGCUUUAUUCAACCACCGUAUAUUGAUCCAUCCUGCAGGAAUAGUAAUAAUAGAAGAAUACUCCAUGAAAAUUUACUUGAUAUUCAUAAAGUCUUCACUGCUGAUUGGGUCCAGGAGUUGUUCAAUGCUAUUUUACAGCAUGCUGCAAGUCAACAAAUUCUUGAUUAUAAUUCGUUGAAGUGUUUAGGCCAACUUAUUUAUUCCCUGUCCUUAUUUGGUUAUAAAGCAGAUUUACUUAUUGAACAGUAUGAUGAUGCUGAGAAACAGCUGAACAAUAGCACUACUACUACUACUACGACUAAUACUACUUCUGUUUCUACUCAACCUCCAUUUAUUAAUAUAGCCAAGUGUUUGACUACUCCAUUAUCUAAAACCAGCAGUGAAGAGGAGAAAUCAUCUGUAUUGUGGAUUCCACGUACGGAUUGGCAAUUCUACUAUCUUUGUGGUCUUGGACUUAUAGAAAGUAAUACAAUCAAUGAUCCUCUACUCUCUAUGUACAUAUCAUUAAAACAAAGAAAUAUAGACAAAUUAUGUCGAAAAUUUUAUGAAGUUAAAGAAGAAUUACGAAAUUUCACUUUACUACCAUUUCAGUUUAUUCAAUUUCCUAAUAACAAUGAUUGUGAUAAUAAUAAUAAUAAUAAUAAUAAUAAUAAUAAUAAUAAUAGUACUACCAAUAAGAGUACAUACUUUGCAGAUAUCCUGUUUAAAACAAGGCCGAACAAGAAUACAGGUAAAAGUAGAUAUGCGAUAUGCAUUGUUCAUCAAGAACGGGAUAUUAUUGUCAAAGGUCCAUUACUUUCACUUGUGAAUUUUUAUUACCAAACUCAGCGUCUACCUGUUCUUAUGUUUAAUCAUACUACGUACCAAUCACUUGAUAAACAAGGAAAAGAAAUUAUGCUUAGAAAUUUUCUAAAUGAUAUCUCCAAUGGGAUAAAUGACAAUAAUGAAUUAUCCUCUACAGAAAUUCUUACAUCCAGUUGUAUUCUUCAUAAGGAUAAUGAUAAUUGA